AUGAAGGCCGGGAGGAAGAACCUGCGGCGCGCGUGGCAGGAGGGCACCGCCGUCACGCUCGCGGAGAACGAGAGCAUCAUGCAGGUCGUCACGCUGCGCGGCUCCAACCUCAUCGAGGUCACAGACGGCGAGGGCGUCAAGUCUCUCGCCCUGAUCCCCGCCAAGUUCCAAAAGUGUUUCUGGAUCAAGAACGGGAAUUUCGUGGUUGUUGAUGCUAGUGGGAGGGACGAGGCUCUAGAAUCUGGAAGCAAGAUAGCCUGCGUUGUGUCGCGAGUCCUCUUUCAUGACCAAGUUCGUGCGCUCCAGAAAUCUGGCGAAUGGCCGACUAUCUUCAAGUCAACUCCCAAUGGGUGGCCGACAGGGCCAGAAGGAAUGACAUCACAUGAUGAUGAUGAUGAUGAUGAUAUGCCUCCACUCGAGGCGAACACGAACCUAAAUAGGCCAUUCAACGUGCAUUCCGAUACAGAAAGUGACUCUGAUUCUUGAGCUGGUAGACAUAGGAUUAGCUGUGGACGAUGUCAUGCUAUGGGCUACCGUUUGCCUGUACAUCAGAUGUAUUUAUGCCCAUAUUCGGGCACGACAUCGG